UGUCAUCUAGCUUUGUUUUUCAGUUUGUCGAUUCAAAAGUUUGAAUAUUAUUUUAUUUUGAUUUCGCUAAACACGGGUUUCAUGUUAUUUAUUAAGUAGUGAAUUAAUGUUUAGUAAAUAUGAGGCGAACUUAUAGGUCUAAGAAAGACACUGGUAGUGUUAUAGACCGAAGAGAUUUGUUGCAGAAUUUGGACGAGAAGAGCUCGGCAUAUGAUGCCUUUUUCAUUCAAAAUAUUAAACAAACUAAGCGGGAACUUUCUUGUAUAGGGUCUUCCAAUGCUUACGGAGUGGCUUCUAACCGUGUUCGUAAGAAGAAAUAUGUGAAAAGGAUAGUAAAAGAACCGGGAACUCCAUGUCGAGAAAGUUUGUCCCGGUCGACGUAUUUGACGCCUGAUAAAUCUAUACGUGUGAACAAACCUCUAGAUCCCUUCGAUAUGCUGUUGAAUUCGUCACCAGCAUGUCCAGUUGAAGCUCCUAAAAAUAAGCCUGAGUCCGUGACCAGCAAAGUAGAUGUCUUUGAUCAAAUUGUGCGAAAAAAGGAAGGUAAAACUUAUACUAGGAAAAGAACAGUAAAACCUAAAAAGGUUAAUUAUUCUAGUUCUGAAGAGAGUGAUUCUGACAAAGAAAACUCUGACGAAAGAAUAAAUCUGACAAGAAACAGUUCAGAUAUAAAAGCUUACCAACUUGUAAUAGAGGAAGAAGCACACCCCACACCCAAAAAGUGCAAUGAUUCCAUCAAUAAUAUAGUUAAUAACUUAUCCCUACUAAAUAAGUUAAAGAAUAAGAAUAGCUUUAAUGAAUCUAUGAAGAAACCUCUAAAUUAUUAUAAGCAUCGACUGACUAGAAAUAUUCAAUCUCCUAUAUUGCAAAAAUCACCAUUAUGUAGCACACCUUUCAAAAUGAAAUACAGAGGUGACUCCAUCUUUAAAUUCUCACCUAUAUCACUAUCUAAUGAUGACAAUAGUCCAAAAUAUACAACUAUAACCGAGGACAAUGAUAAUGCAAACAAUAGUGUAAUACUAAUGUCUCAUAGUAAAACUAAAAGUUUUAGAAGUCCUAUAGAAAAUAAAAAUGUAACUAAAGAAGACUUAGUUCCUGAUAAUAGUGUAAAUAAUGAUAUAGACAAUGGAAUAGUUGCUCCAGUAAUUGAAACUAGUAUAAAUGAAAUGACUGAAGAUGUGUCUGAGAAGAAUAAUUCUAUACAUAAAGAGGAAACUUCUGAAUUAUUUAGUGAAAGCAAAGCAGUAUCCAGUAUUGAGAUUAGUUCUUUACAAACUACUGAAGUUGAACCAUUUUUAGGCUUCCCCACUGACCCUAAUGUCGGCAAAAAUAUAAUCCCAGAUUUAGAUGAAACAGAACAUGAUAAUGAUAUUACUGAAAUUGAGAACAAAGAUCAAAGUGAUAUAGAAGAAGUUAUAAAUGAAAUUGAUGCUGUUGAUAAUGAAAUGAAAGUAAAUGAAAGCAAUGCUGCUGAAAUUGAUGUUGAUAAUGAGUCACAUGACUUGAAAAAUGCUGAUAGAGAUUCUUUGUACGACACUUGUACAAGUGAUCAAAGUUCUAUUGAAGAAAAUUUUGUCAGAGAGCCUAUUGUAAGGCUUCAAAGGAUGAAUGACUCUUCAUUCUUUAGGUAUUAUGAAAAUAUGAAUAAUUUUGACUCUGUAGAUGACAAUACUAAAGAGAGCCUGAGAGAGGAAACUGAUGAAGAAGAACCUAUAAUUGAUAAUGUUCUAAAUGAAGACAAUAAUACAAGUCAAGAUGAGGUACUUUCUCAAGAAGACGAAUUUGAAAGUUUCGCAGAUAGUAAUACCUCACAGGACCAUAUAUCUGAAAGUGGUUCUGCUACUGACGGCAAUGUAGAUAAUGAUGUGUUCCAAAAUGAGGCUGAGGACUAUAUUGAUAUUAUUUCCUCGAAUGAUGAUGAAGGUGAAGCAAAUGAACAAGAGAAGUGCAUUAGUUUUGUAACAACAAGAAGAAGGAAUGGAAUUACGAAUGAUUCAAUGUUGUCUAUCUUUAAUGAUUCCUAUGCUUCCACUAGUACUGAUUGUGAUAAGACUGUUCUUAGUAAUAAUAGAGUUACAAUAAACGAAAUUAAAGAAGAGAAUAAUACAGUUUCUUUAACAUCUUCAAAUGAAAAAGGCAAAAAUGAUAUUGGCGAAGUAAGAAAAGAUCUUGAAGAUCAUGAUGAAACACAAUCAGGAAAAGAUUUGCCAUUAAAAAAAGAGGAGGACAACAGAAUAUCAUUUGUCACUACAAGAAGGAGUACUGUUGCUGAUAGAAAGAGUGCCAUAAGAAAUAGAAAGAGUUCUAUCAAACCUAAAAGACAGACUAUAGCAGACAGAAAGAUUACUCAUUUCCCUAGCGAAAGUUUAAGACACAGUCCAGAUAGUUCCAGGAGAACAUGUUUCGAGAAACCAGGCAUAGUUCUUCAGCCUGGUAAAAAAUGGGAAAGGUCUCUGAGCAUUUACAGAAGAAUUACUAUGAAGACUGAUCAUUUUGACCAAUCUAUUCUUGAAGAUGAACCAACUGAGAAAAAGGGCAGAAAAUAUCGCCAAAGUGUGAUCAGUACAAUGGAGAUGCAAGAUAUGAACUGUUCCCUACAUAAUGAAUCAAUCAAUAGUCGCAGAAGUACAUUUGUUUCUAAACCAAGUCGAUCUACAAUUCGAAUUGUGAAAGACACAGAUAAUUCAAGACUUAGUCUUUGCAACACCACAGUAUUCGAUGACUUGAAAGGUUUUUUGAACGAGGAGUGUGAUGAUACUAUUAUCGAAUUAUCCAAACUCUCGAUUGCUGAUCAGUCGCACGAGGUCACUGUACUAGACAACUUCCAUGAUACUUCGAGCCGUAUAACUACAGCAAAGGAUUACGUGUUGCGUCGAUGCAAUCAAACGGACGCGAUACUCUUUGAUGAAUGUUAUCCAGACGCGGCUUUGAAAAACUGCCACAAAAUCGGCGAAGGGGUGUACGGCGAAGUGUUUCUGUGGCGAGCCAGAGAUGGCCGAGCUCGCGUACUGAAGAUCGUCCCUAUUGCCGGCACGCUCAAGGUCAAUGGAGAGAGUCAGAAGGACUUCCACGAGAUCAUAUCUGAGAUUGUGAUUGCUAUGGAAUUGAGCGCACUACGCGCUCCCAUAGCCGAAAUUAAUCGCCAUUUUGAUGACGGGAAGGACGUUGAGGCGCUGGAUUUGCACUCUAUAGAGAAUGCCACUGAUGUAUUCAAUGAGGUUCUUGCUGUGAGAUGCGUAUACGGCAGCUACCCAGCUCGCUUGCUUGAUUUGUGGGAUCUAUAUGACGAGUGCAAAGGCUCUGAGAACGACAACCCUGCUAUACUGCCGGUAGACCAGCAGUUCAUUGUGCUGGAACUAGCUAACGCAGGUCAAGAUUUAGAGAGCUACCAGUUCAACAACGCUGAACAGGCUUAUGCCUUGUUCCUUCAGGUUGCGUAUGGUCUGGCGGUUGCAGAGGAGGCCUUUCAGUUUGAGCACAGAGAUUUGCACUGGGGUAACGUGCUGAUUGCUCCCACAGAACAAAAGACAGUCAUCGUUCUAGUAAACAAAAAAUCAAAUAGUUUAGCUUGGUUAGAUCAGAAGUCACCUAGAAUCGACCUUUGGAAGUUGACGGACAGUUUAAAAGACGCAGGUUCAAGUUUUGACCUCCAGCGCGAGGUCGAAGCACUGUAUCGAAGUUUGGGGGUCACUGGGAACAAUGAUAGAAAACGUACAAGUAGGAAUAGAUUGAGAUGGAUAGGCAGUAUUAAUGUUAUUAAUAAUAACUUUUGUCAUCAGUACGCAACGUUUGUGCUGCGCGGUCGGUCGCACCAGGUGGCGCGGUGCGGGGUGGCGGCGACCAUCAUCGACUACUCUCUGUCGCGCGUGUCCCUGCCACUGGCGGCCGGCGACUGUGCGGCGCUGUACAACGACCUCGCCACCGACGAGUCACUCUUCGAGGCCGUCGGGGACUACCAGUUCGAGGUGUACCGCCUCAUGAGAGAGAAGUUGGGAAAUGAUUGGAAGAACUUCGCGCCGUACACAAACAUCCUGUGGCUGCAUUACACUGUGGAUAAAAUGAUAACGGCCCUCCGGUACAAGAGGACAAACACGAAGGUUCACAAGCACUACAUUGACAAACUGAAGGGAAUCCAGAGCAGAAUACUAGACUACGGUAGCGCGGCUUUAUUUGUGCUAACUGACAACGAAAUAUAAAAACGAACAAAUUAUGAUAAUAUACAAAACAAUUUCAUAUGUAAAUUAAUACAAACUAGUCUUAACAAUGGAUUUAAUAAACUGCUGUUGCUAUAAAUCUGACAUAACAAUGAAUAACAUAAAUUAUUAUAAUGUAAAUAAAAUUUGCUUUGAUAAAUUGUUUGAAACGAUAGACGCUAAAAGAGUUAUUUACGAUGUUGUCGCAUUAUUAGAACACUUACAGAUAGAGGGUGCCUUUUUAGAUAAGGUAGUGCCUUUGUUCACAUUAAUAAAUUCAUAUAUUGUGUUCCGAAAUA